AUGUCGGAACUUCAUAGGCGUCAUGGAAAUGAUCGAGAUGAUGAGGAUCGAGGAGGUGAGGAUGUCCUGGUUACUGUGAAGUUCCAGCUUAUUAAUGGCUUAAAGCAAAUCAUUGAUGGAUGCAACUAUGAUUUGGAGAUGAUGGCCUACUUGCACAAGGAGGAUGUGUACGGACCAGAGAAAUGUACGGAAGGGAACCUCGUCCGCUCCGCCAGCAGUCUUAAGGUCACCAAAAAGCUGUCACGUAACAGCAAAGGAAAAAUGUGCGACAAAGGACCCGGAUUGACUGCUUUGGAACCCGAUGAAGAUUUCAUGCCUCUCUUCAAACCUACAAAAAUGAAGGACUCCAAACGCCCCGAUGACCCCGGACGUGCGGAUUCCGAAGCAAAAGGUGGACAUGGUGCCGAUCUACAAUGUGACAAUGACCCGGAUCCACCUGGAAUGGAUGUAUGCAGUGAAAUGGAUAACAGCGAGGCUGGCUCUAGAACCGUAACCAGUCCAACGUCUGAGCAGAAAGAGCAGUUAUCUCCACGCUCCAGCGGGGAAGCAUCUAAAUCCAUGACUUUUUUGCAUGCUAAGCCUGACUCGAGCUGUCCUGAAUUCAAUGGAGAUACAUCCUCUGUCUCAUCAAGUAUGUUUUAUACUCCUCAGUCAUAUCGUGUCGUCCUCGCGGAGUUUGACGGCCACCAAAAACGUCAACUCGCAAAUAUUUUAUCAAACGUAAAAAAGUUUUUGUCCGAUUCGCCCCCUGAAACCGGCGAACUUGAUUUCCUCGAUGAUUAUCGUAAAUCUACGGCUGAAAACAAAUCUUGUGACCGCUUCUUUUCUCUCUCCCCAUGUGAGAAAAGCCCACCCAAUCCACUUACGCAAGUAGCUGUACCCCGCGCGACGCAGACGGAUCACCGUCCAACUGAGGCUCGCAGUUGUUUAGAUGACGUUAUUACAUCCGCCAAUGAGAUGGAAGAUUAUACAACCCCUGACAUGUCUGCAGCACCGGAACUUCUGAUGGAUCCACCUUGUGGUGGGACCGAUGCUUCAGACGACCUUGGCAUAGCAAACAGGGAUGCUUCUAGAACUAGUAGCACCAACGAGCCUCAAGAUGAUGGAGGCAAUCAUGAUCCGGAGUGGGAUGACAUCUUUGAUUGUGACAUUGAGGAAGCAGAAAAUGAUGUUUCUCCGACUAAAUGCCCCACAGACAAAAAGAGCAAUGGAGCAAAGGUAGCUCUAGAUUAUAGGACCGACGUCAAGACCGUAGUCGACCAAAUGGAAGACAGCUUUGACUUGUUCGAAGACGAUCUGUUCCGUGACAUUGACCAAGAACCCCUGGAAAAGAGCCCCAGCCAGGCAACCACACAAGUCAACUUCAACAUGAUUGACCCAGCUGUUUUGCUUCAGGACAGGCCCGGUCAAGAUUGUGAUGACGGUCUAGAUAAGAAGAUAGAUGAGGAGGACGAGUUUGAUUGCUCCGGAGAAUUGUUUUCUGUUAAUUUUGAUCUCGGAUUUUCCCUGGACGACGACGACGACGACGACGACGACGAGCCACUGGAAAGUGAAUCGCCUGAGAAAAAACAGAAGGAGACGUCUCCCGAUCAUUUCAAGGUCCCCAGUCCCCCCGGGAGGGCAAAUAUUAUCGGAGGCAACGUGUCUACCCCUCUGACAUCGUGCGUUGAAAGGUCAAUGUUUUUGGAAGCGCCUGAAGAAAACAUUUCCAAAUUUUCACCUUUGCAGCCAACGAAAAACAGAUUCUCCCUCACCCCCCGUAACGCCCUGCGUUCUGCAUCGUUUAGAACGCCGGCAGGUGAAAGGCUGAAGACCCCCGUGACUCCUUUGUCUUCUGCGGCCAAAUUUGACCUUGAGACGCCUACGACACCGAAGACAAGAGAAAAGCUUGUAUGUUUAAAAACUGUUUGCGCAUCUCCCGAGCGGGACGCUGGCAAAUCAGAGAGAAGAAGAAAGGAUGCUUUAGAUGCCUCCAUAACAAUCGGAACCAGCCCUGAAAGCGAAGACGACGUGGUCUUCAGAAGGAAGAGAAAGCUGGCAAAGGCCAACGUCCUCACAUCUCCGGAGUCCUUGAGCAGCGCCUGCGACUCAGAGUCUCCGAUACCUGCCGCUAAGAAGCGCAGACGCGUUCUGGACACGCCGGAUACAUGCGACGACGGUGAGGAUGACGAUGAUGACUUUAAGUCUCUUCCACGUUGCCGCGAGGAAGCCGCCGGUAAUUCUAGAAAGUUGCCACGAAGUGUGAAAAGAUCAAGACCCCAAAAGCGCCCAAAGCACGCGGCGCGACUAUUUAUCGAUGACGAAGCGGAAUUGUCCUCGGAAGGAGCGGAAUUUGUUUCUUCUGAUGAAGAUGUGCGUUCGGAUAAUGAGCAGGACUCGUCCCUCGUAGGGUUUUUAAACGACAACACUCAGCUUUCUCAGGGUUUAAACGAUUCUGAGAUGCACGGUAUAUACCUGAAGUCUGUGCGUAGCCCGGCGCUCGCCAACCAAUUCAAAAUGGCGGCCAGAAGGAAACCUAGCAUGGCAGUUUUCUCCCAGAUCCCAGAGCAGGAUGAAAGCUACAUGGAGGACAGUUUCUGUGUUCCAGAAGGUGACGAGGAGCUGGAUGCCGAGGAGGAAUCGAGCGAGGAGGAAGUAGGCCUUAACUUUGACCUUCUCCAACAGGAGAGUUUUGUUGGUGGGAGGAAACAGUACUUCACCCGACGCAGGUUACGGCUAAAAGGGGCGCAGAGGCGCGAUGAUGAUGGCGGCGACCAUGACGGGUGUCAGGUAAAAAAGAAAAAGCGGAUUAUCAUUCAAGAUGAUUCUAGCGAAGAAGAAAAUGGGGCUACAUUUGGGAAACCAACGAUCUCGCCCCCCAUUGAUUCAUCCGCGCCCAGAAAACCACCCGUUUGUGGUUCCUCGGCUCAGAAUAAGAAUCUUUCCGCCCCAGAGAAGAGUGUUUUCGACGUUUCGCUGAGGGACAGGUGCCAAUCGCGGAUUAACCUCAAAGCCUCGUUAUCUGAAGAGCUGGACUUCCAGCCGCAAAGCAGGCCGUCCCUUAGUGGCACCAAAAGCUGGCCGUCCAAUGGGAUCAUCCGCCCUGCAGAGAAGGCUGAAGAUGGCUCCAGAAACGAUUCGUCUACAGCAAGUAAUCACUUGACGAUCGGUCGACCGGGGCUCGUCAUACUCGCAGACAGCCGGGAAAUCUCCUCCGGGCCGGAUGUCAUCUCCUGCCUGAAGACGGCUCACGGCGUGAAGGUGGAGAUCUGCUCUCUUGGUGGCUGCGAUUACAUUGUCAGCAAUCGCCUAGCGGUGGAGAGGAAAUCUCAGUCGGACUUUGCCAACUGCGCCAAUCGGCAUGAGCUAGUGGGCCGGGUGAAGCGCUUACAGAGUAUGUUUGACAGGGUUUGCCUGAUCGUGGAAAAGGACAGAGUCAAACCAGGAGAAACAUCAAGGAUUUUCCAGAGAACCAAGUAUUACGACCGCACGCUGUCCUCGUUGAUCGGCGUUGGCGUCCAGUUGCUUUUCAGCUCCAACCAGGCGGAGACAGCUGGCUUGCUGAAGGAGCUGGCGUCGUUGGAGCAGCGGAAGAACAUGGCCAUAGCCGUGUCGGCUGACGUGAAAGGACAGAAGCAGGAAGUCCUGCAAGUCUACCUGUCCAUCCCCAACACGAGCUACGUCACAGCACUCAACCUGUGCCACAAUUUUGGCUCCGUGAGACAAAUGAUGAACAGGUAUGGAUUCCAGAAGAUUCUUUGUGUGUAA